GACGGGCUCGGGGCGACUUCCUUUAUCCGCGGCGCGCUGCAUGCUGGGACACCGGCGGGCGAGGAAACGGAGGCACGCCGUUGCGGAGAGCGGGAGCGCCUGACGGUUUGAACACACCAAGCUUCAGUCAUGUCUAUCGGAGUGCCAAUUAAAGUCCUGCAUGAAGCAGAGGGUCAUAUUGUGACCUGUGAGACGAAUACAGGAGAAGUAUAUCGCGGAAAGCUCAUUGAGGCUGAGGACAACAUGAAUUGUCAGAUGUCCAACAUCACAGUGACCUACAGAGAUGGGCGUGUGGCGCAACUAGAGCAGGUGUACAUUCGGGGGAGCAAAAUCAGAUUCCUCAUCUUGCCCGAUAUGCUGAAAAAUGCACCAAUGCUGAAAAGUAUGAAGAACAAAAACCAGGGCUCUGGGGCCGGAAGGGGCAAAGCUGCUAUCCUGAAAGCCCAGGUGGCCGCCAGAGGAAGAGGGCGUGGCAUGGGGCGUGGCAACAUUUUCCAGAAGCGGCGGUAACUUCGGACGCAGCCUUUUCUCAAUGAAUUGAAAACUGUAGUUGUAAAAUGUGGUGGUGAUGGGCUUUUGUGUUAUUCAAUAAAUGUGUUUCUUACAAAAUGGAGGGACAGCU